AUGGAAGUUGAACAAAAUGCCCAAGAAUCUUACAGACGCGGAGAAUACCACCAAAGUAUAGAGUACGCAAAACAAUGGCGAAACAUCUCUAAAGAAACCGGUGAUAAAGAGCAAGAAGCCGCAGCCUGCAACAUUGCAGCCUUGUCCUGUUAUCGUAUAGGAGACUACAAACAAAGCAUAGCGUAUAGCAAACAAGAGUUACAAAUUGUGAAGGAAGUGGGAAACAGUGAACGUCAAGCAGCAGCAUGUGAUGUUACAGCUCGGUCGUAUUACUGCGUAGGAGAGUACAGACAAAGUAUAGAAUACUGCAAGCAAGCGCUGAGUAUUGCCAGGGAAGUGGGGGAUAAGGAACGGCAAGCAGCGGCUUGUCGUAUUUUAGCCUUGUCGUUUUACGAGGUUGGGGACUACAUUCAAAGUAUACAAAGCAGCAAAGAGGAACUGGCCAUUGCAAGGGAAGAGGGAGAUAGAGAAAGGGAAGCAUCAGUGUGCGAUGUCCUGGCCAGGUCUUAUCUGCGGAUUGGAGAAUACAAACAGAGUAUUGAGUACGGCAAAAAAGCACUGAGCAUUGCCAAGAAUGUACGAAAUAGGGAAAGAGAAAUAGACGCAUACAUUGUCCUUUCAGGCUCGUAUUACGAGGUUGGUGACUAUAAACAGAGCGUAGAAUGUGGCAAACGAGCCUUGAGCAUUGCAAAGGAAGUAGGAAACAGAAAGAGAGAAGCGGAAGCAUGCGCUGUUCUAGCCUGGCCGUAUUACGAGGUAGGCGGGUACAAACACAGCAUAGAAUACGGAAAACAAGCACUGCGCAUUGCAAAGGAAGUGGGUAACAGGGCGCGGGAAGCCGCCGCGUGCUCUGUUCUGGCUAGGUCAUACUACGAGAUUGAAGAUUACCGACAAAGCAUAGAGUAUGGAAAACAAGAGCUGGUUCUUGCCAAAGAAUUGGCAAACAGGGAAGCAGAAAGAAAAUCUUACGAUAUUUUAGCAAGGUCGUAUCGUGGACUUAAAAACGACAAAACAGCUAACGAGUAUAGAAAACUCGAAAAGAAUUUACAAAAAGGAACUUUAGAUGGGAAGUUUCAUUCAAGAGAUAGCAAAGAAAAUGGGGAAGCUGAUGCAAAUGAAUUUCCAAUUAAUAGUUCUUCAGGUAAAGAGCUUAUCAUGAUCGGUUUUAAUAUUCCUCUAACUAGAAAUAAGUAUCUCGCAAACCCUCGCGAGUGAAGUUAGUGGGCAUAAUGGAGCAUUAAGGUGGAGCAUUUUAGUAGGGAAUAAACAAAAGCAUAAUGUACAAAGGCCUAGACACCAUCCAAAUACACUAUGGUAUAGAAACUCAGACUCGGAUUGUUACAUAACUUCGUAUCUAAAGAAAACCAAAACGUAGGUAAAUUAACCUCUUUUUGUCUUUAGUUUCCAUUUUUUCGUUCUGUUUAGAGUGACAACUAAUAACUGUUUGAAAAACAACAAAUACAAUAGGUCCUCGUUUGCAAAAGGCCCUGCUAGAUCAGAAUUCUAUUCAAUUCAAUUCAAUUCUUUAUUUCACACUAUAUAAGAUAUUUACACAGGUGUACGUAGGUAGGAAAAUAAGGUAGCUGAUAAAUAAUAAUUAACUAAAAAACAUUAAGUUCAUUUGUGCACAGUGUCCAAAGUAUUCUAUGAAAUAUGCAAUACCGGUGUUGCCAAUUCUUUCUCUGAAAAUGUAACUAACUGAUAUGCCUUCAUUCAAUAGUUCCAAGCGAGAUUGAAGCACGAGGACCAAGAGCAAAGCGUGCCUAUGAAAAUGCUUUGAAGACAGGAAAAGUAAAGGUGUACCGAGCCCGAAUUAUGCUGAUAGGUCAAGAUCGUGCGGGAAAGACAAGUUUGAAGAAGUCCUUCUUAGGUCUGCCAUUUGACCCUGAGGAAGAAAGCACAGAAGGAAUUGAAGUUGAUCCAUCUAAAUUUGACAUUGAAGUUGACCAUGUCAAGAAAUGGCAACGCACGGAUGAAAAGUUCGACGUGUCUUACUUUGUGAACGACAUUGCAAGGAUGGUGGCAACAGAAAUUCAAGAAUUGAAGGAAAUAGAUCGGGAUUCAGAACUUCAAAAUAAUUCAGUGGAGAUACACUCUGAAAACAGACAGGUUGGUGGCUUAUCAGCGACAUCAUUUCAAAACUCUCAUUUUCGCGCGCUGAUUGGUUGAGAACUAAGAUCGACGAGAGUAUAGGCCCUGAAGACGACGUAAUUUUUUUCUCUUUUUGUCGAUUUUCCAAGAAACAUUACCGGGAAUGACGUCAAAACCUGGUAAAAAAAAAAUAAAUAAAUAAUUCGAUACAACAAUUUUCCAUGUACAUGUAAGGUCUUAACUGACCAUAUACAUGACGUAAAAAUUUUCAAAACUUUACAGUGAAACUACCCUCCUGCGGUUCGUAGUUGUCCCACUUGAGUUUUGAUCACCUUGAAGUUCUUUGUUUCUAGGGGUGACAACAGCAUUGACCACGAAAAAUCGUUGUCGAUUCGUUAAUUAUAUAAUU